CGUCACCGGUUAACAUACAAUUCUUGUCACACGUUGGUGACAGAGGACAGAGAAGCCACUAAAUAAGCAGGUCAGCGAAUAAUUCCUACCAACUGCAACAUUGUUGACCCCCCAAGCAAUGGCCUCGGCUAAUAAUGGCUCGGUUGGCAAGUGGGAAGUAGUGAAGAAGGGCAAGAAGCCGACAAAUGCUGGAGGAAAGAGUCAAUCUGACAAGAAAACUGGUGGAAGAAAAGCACUUAGCGAAUCCAACCUGUCAAGGCUUGAUCCAUCUGCUCCCAUAAAGACGACAGAGACCAUCUACGAGGGCUUUGAGAAGAUGGGCAAGAAGAACAAGGAGCAGGUUCCUCCGGCGUCCGAGGCCCAGCAGCAGCAGAAGAAGAAAGCCAAGGAGCAGCAGCAGCAGCAGCAGCAGCAGCAGCAAGCCAAGAAGACCAGCAGCUCCCCAAGCAGCUCCCCCAAACCCACACGCUACCGCACACUCGACGACGCCAUGCGCAGCCUGGAUGUGUCGGAGCUGAAGCAGCAGCUGGAGAGGUCCCAGUCCUUGUUUCCAGAGAACCCCUCCGUGUGGGUCAAGGACCUGGCCGGGUACCUCAACUUCAAGCUGCCCGCCCCCGACAGUGACCCCACGCUCAGCACAUACGCACACGACUACCCAUACUGCCUAGCAGGGAAGGAGCUGCGUGCCAUCAUCAAGAACCUUCUGAGCAAGAGUGGAGAGACACUGCAGGACUUCUUUGACCACUGCCUGUUAACCAUGCUGAGAGAACAGGACAAACCCAGCAGUGAAUCGCUGCAUGGAUACAGAAUCUGCAUUCAGGCCAUACUGCAGGACAAGCCCAAAAUAGCCACCCUCAACCUGGCCGACCACCUGGAGCUGUUGCGCUCCAAUCAGAACCGGCCAGUGAAGUGUCUGACCAUCAUGUGGGCUCUGGGCCAAGCGGGCUUCUACGACCUCAGCCAAGGCCUCCGAGUGUGGCUGGGCAUCAUGUUGCCAGUGCUGGGCAUGAAGUCUCUUUCCUCAUACGCCAUCGCCUACCUGGAGCGACUCCUCAUGCUCCAUUCCAACCUAACGAAGGGUUUUGGGAUCAUGGGACCAAAGGAGCUCUUCCCCCUGCUGGACUUUGCCUACAUGCCCAAAAACGCCCUCUCAGCCAGUCUUCAGGAGCAGCUGAAGCGUCUGUAUCCGCGGCUGAAGGUGCUGGCGUUCGGGGCCAAGCCAGAGUCCUCGCUACACACCUACUUCCCCUCCUUCCUGUCGCGAGCCACGCCUAACUGCCCCGAACCCAUGAAGAGAGAGCUGCUGAGCAGUCUAACGGAGUGCUUAUCUGUGGAUGCCCACAGCCUGGGGGUGUGGAGACAACUCUACACCAAAUACCUCUCUCAGUCCAGUUUGCUGCUGAAUCACUUAUUGACGUGUUGGAAAACGUUACCAAUAAAGUUGCGGAGCAGCCUCCAGGAGACCAUUCAGUCCUUCAGGGUGACCAACGAGCAGCUGGGAGACUGCGAGGGGGUGGAGGAGUGCAACGUUAUGUGCAGCAGUAUCCAGAUGAAGAUGCGUGGGCGCGGGUUCCCGUGGUCGCGGCUGCUGAUGGCGCUGCUGGUGUUUGCGGUGGGCUUCGUGGCGCAUGACGUGCGCUCCCACGGCUCCUUCGCCGCCUCCUCCACGUCACACUACCUGCACAGCUCCGGGGUGGCAGACCUCGCACUCACAGCCUGGGCCAGAGUCGUCACACAUAGCCAGCAGGGCUUCAGCUGGUGUGAGGAGAACAUGCCCUACUACUACUCCAUGGCGGUGGAGAGAGUGGGGCCGGUGAUGGAGGACGGCUGGGAGAAAAGCAAGAUGGCCGCAGCCUUCAUGGCCACACACACCUCCCAAGGAGUGGAGUGGAUCAAAGAAAACACACCCAAGCUCAUCGAAUGGAUCAAUAACAACACUCCAGAGGGCCUGGUGGCGUUUCUAGAGUACUUGCGGGAGCUGCUGCUGCUCCUGCAUGAGCACUACGUGAUGCCCGCCCUGCAAUACAUCCUACAGGGCCUUCAGCACGCAUGGACCACCUUCCAGGACUCAUGCAACGGGGAGGUAUCGCUCCUGUGCCUCCAGAAUCACGCGGUGUCCUUCACCAACUCCACCUGGAUCUACCUGCAGCACACGACGGCCUCCAUCCGCGACUGGGCACAGGAUUUACUGUCUCGAGCAUGAGGCCAACACACACACAGCUGCAACUUAACUUCAACUAAACAGAGACACUUAUAUACACACUCUCACACACACACACACAUGCCCUUUAUACUUUAGAGACUACCUUUGCUUCCGUUUGCCCUGCUGAUCAGGGUGCACGGAAAAACACACACAGCCUUCCCUUUGGGGAACAGCGCUUAUGAGAGAGGAAGAACACGGCCCUCUCCUGCACCUCCACACCUUUUCAUGAUUUUUACGCCCUUUUCAACCAACAUGCAUGAUUUUUUUUUUUUUUUUUUUUUUUUUUAAAUCUAAUUGUUGUUUUUUUCUACUGGUGGGAGAUGUCUCCCCCUUUUUGUAAGUGUUCUUCAGGUGUGCAAACUGUAUUUAUUUACAGGAAGAGUUUGCAAAUAGUGAUGGGGAGUGUGGAUAGCCCACUUUUCCUUGACAGGCCAAACUCAAGCUAGCAAGGGACUAGUGAUGAAGACCCAUAGCAGUUACACAAGGCAAACGGUGAAUAAAGAUGUAAUCAUUUAAAACCUAGAUGAGUUCAGUUCGAAACUGAUUCUGCCAUAUUUUGACUACUCUUAGGUAGUCACUCACUGUGGAAGUUUGUCUGUAGCUAUGUGUGUAUGUAUGUAUGUGUGUGAACGCGCGUGUCGGUGUGUUGAGUGUAUCUAUAUGUGUGUGUGCAGGACCAGAGGGCUGAACCAACUGCUUUGCUCUCCUCUGCCACCUGCUGUUUCUUAAUAAUUAUUGUUUGUGUGUGAAGCCUGGCGAAGGCGAAGGCGUGACUGAACACUGGACUUCAGUGGAUUGCUGCUGCUCCCUGAUGCAGAUGUAUAUUACUUGAAGGAUGAUUCCUUUCAGGAAAUGCACGAAUGGCAACUGAGUGAAAACUGCACCAACCUGCUCCAUGUACUUAUAUAGGACACCCCCACCCCCCCAAAUGCCCCAUAGCCUAUUAAGCGUCUCAUAUUAUUAUCCAGGGAAUCAGUCUUUAUCCCUGGACAGCCUAAACUGAAGAAUGCAGAGAAACGCUGUGAAUGCAGAGAAGGAUAAUGUCUGGAAAUAAAUGCAUUUGUUACUCUUAAAAUGAUUUAUUAUAAUAAAGAUUUUAAGCCUG